AUGGAGAUCGAUCAUAUGGACAUUCGAAGCACCUUUGAACGGAACCUUGAGCGUACCAGUCUCGUGGAAGUCUAUGACAGAGAGCGCGAUGAUUUGGUGAGGAGAGAGGAGGCCGACGCCUGGGAUCGUGAUGUAAGACCCAAAGGCACAUCGAGGUCCAAGUCAAAAGUCGAGGCGAUCGAACAAAGGGCGGCAACCAUCAUACAUGCCAUUCGGGAGUAUGAGCGAAGAGUGACUUUUGGUAACCUCCCUUCAGAGGCUCUUCCUGCCCCUGGUACCUUGGACAUGGGUGGGCAGUUCUUGACAAACAAGAAACACAUCGACACUUUGAGCAAGCUAUUUGAGAUAGCUAAGAUUGUACCAAAAGGUGCUCUCUUGCACCUCCAUUUCAAUGCCGAGCUCAACCCCGAACGACUUUUAGAGCAAGCACAGGGAAUGGACAACAUUUACAUACGAAGCAUCAUGCCCUUGCUGCAAGACAGCGAUCUCGACGAGACUGAGAUGGUCUUCAAUAUUCUCGAUCCCAACACGGUCAAUCUGGAUGUUGAUAUCUUCUCGCCAAGAUACCCUGGCACGGCAACUAAUUGGAGGGAUAAAGACAAGCAAGCGGAGAUCUGGAUGAGCUGGAAGCUUUUCCAGGAGAAAUUCAUCGAGAAUGUGGAGACGGAGAAGUUUCCCAAACGCUAUGGUCAGCAUUUAGACACUGAGCCAAACAACGCGGACAAGCCCGUUCGCGGAUGCUGUCCUGAGAAUUCCGGACCCGUGAAGCUGAACGCUGCUGAGAACUGGCUCAAGUCAAAGAUGAUCCUGAGUCCAAGAGAAGCGUAUGGAGAGUCACAGACUGUCAACGGGGUUUGGGCGCGCUUCAACCAAGCUACAAGAUGUUUCAAAGGUCUUUUGAACUACCAGCAAGUCUACGAGUGGUACAUCGGUAAAGCUAUCGACAAGAUGAUAGAAGAGAAAGUCAUGUAUGCGGAGCUUCGACCGAUGUUGCUUGACAAGUUCAUCCCUACCAACGACGGCAAGGGUAAGAUCACCAACGCCGAACAGAUGCAGAUGGUCAUCGAUGGCUAUGUAAAAAAGCAAGAAGAGCUCAAGAAAAGAGGUCAGCUGGACAAAUUCCCAUUUGGUCUGAAGAUCGUAUACUGCACGCCUCGUUCGAUUCCAAAAACGAUGAUGCGGGAAGAGAUGAAGCAGUGCAUCGAGCUGAAAGAAAAAUUUCCAGGUCUAAUCUGUGGAUUUGACCUUGUUGGUGCCGAAGAUCGACCUAACCACAUCGGCUUCUACAAAGAGGAGCUCGUUGCGUUCAAGGAGACGUGCAAAGCUAAGAAACUUCAUAUUCCGCUAUUGUUCCAUGCCGGCGAAUCAUUACUAGACACGGGCGGCUCGGGCGAUCCAAGCAAAUCUAAUCUGUACGAUGCGGUUGCUCUAGGAGCUGAACGUAUCGGCCAUGGGUUUGCGCUGAUGAAGCAUCCGCACCUGGUCGAUAAGUUCAGACGGAAACCUGGACAAAAGGGCAUCUGUGUCGAGCUUUGCCCCAUCUCUAAUGAGCUACUGCACCUUUGCAGAAAUAUCAAGGAGCACCCGUUUCCGGAGCUCCUCGCAGCAGGUAUCCCCUGCACAGUCAAUAGUGACAACCCUUCCCUGUUCACUAAUUCGAUGAACCACGAAUUCUACCAGAUAAUGGUAGGUGCUCCUACAAUGUCACUCUAUAGCUGGAAGCAACUUGCACGCUGGAGCAUUGAAUACAGUUGCUUAUCUAAGGCCGAAAAAAAAAGGGGCCUCGAUAUUCUGUCAGAGGCUUGGGUGGAGUUCUGUCAGAUCAUCGUCGAUGUCUGCGACGAUGAAAAGACUGGUCUGAUGAAGGGCGACAAUAUUGACGACACGAACACUGGCACUGAAGCCGAACCAGACAGCAGAGUCAAGGCAUUCUUCGGAAAUAAGACAGACUGGACAAGGAAGACGGAAACGUCUUGA